ACCAGUCUUGCAUUAGCUGUUUAACCUUUCUUUUUUCUCUCUCCCUUUCUCUCGUCCUUCCAUCUUCGCCAAUCUAGAGAGUGAAACUCUAGAUCGAGAAGAAUACAAUAUAUAUCGCAGAUUGUGAGUAAUUAAGAAGAAGAGGUUUCGUUUGUAAUGGCAGGCACUUGGAAAUUGCUGUUGGCAAUAUGCUUAAUCGCGUGUCUCAUACUCCCACACGCAAUGGCCACGGCAGAGACGGCGUGGGUGAUGCCAGCGGUUAGAUCGGGGUGCAGGGGCACCGUGGCGGAGUGUCUGGCCAACGAGGAGGAGGAAUUCGAGCUGGAUUCGGAGUCGAACAGGCGCAUCCUAGCCACGCGCCGCUACAUCAGCUACGGCGCUCUGCAAAGGAACAAUGUGCCGUGCUCGCGGCGCGGCGCGUCCUACUACAACUGCCGCCCCGGUGCUCAGGCCAACCCCUACCGGCGCGGCUGCAGCGCCAUCACACGUUGCAGGAGCUGAAUUCCGCAUCUAAUAUUCUUUCUUAUUUUCUUCCUUGGGAAAUACUACUAUUAAUUUUACUUUUCAAUUCUUCAUUUUGUUUUGAUUUCAUCUUUUUUUGGGGUGGGGGUGUUUGUUAUACACGGAAUUAAUAAUUGAAUAUACAUUUGGUGUGUUGUUAAUUGUUAUGUUGUGCUUAUCUUUCUUGAGAUUAUUUGAUUUGUUUUUUCACAAUCUGCAUAGAUUUUCACAUCUUAAAUGGAAUAGAAUUUUGUAUUAUUGUGAUGAUGUAUUCAAUGAAAAUUUAUUCUUGGGAUC